AUGUAUGGGGUGGUGGAUGGCAUCUACGUGAAAAGACAAUGUUAUAACCUUUUUGUUUGUUUAUUAAAUUUUUUAAUUAUUUAUAAUAUUUUCCCCCACUCCCUUUAUUAUUAUUAUUAUUAUUAUUAUUAUUAUAAUGUUAUUCCACAUCUGCUGACUUGUUCUUAUCUCAUUACAUUUGCUAUACUUAAAACCCAUCAUCGGCUAUUCUUUAUUACAUUGUCCAACUAUCUGUUUAUCUAUCCACGUUUCUUACUUCUUUUUCUUUUUCUUUUUCGUUCUCUUUUUCUUUUUCCUCUUCUUCUUCUUCUUCUUCUUCAAUCACCCCCUUUUUGGUUCUUUUAUUUAAUUUAUUUCCCUCCUCAUUGCAUCAACACUUUUCCAAAAUUACUUCAAUAG